AUAAACAUCAGAAAGUUUGAUAACGGUUAAUUAAAUAUAUUAUUUUUGAGUGUUUUCAAAAGUAUCAACUCAAAAUUAAAUAUUCGACUCGGAUUGGUUAAUGAAAUGCAAGUAGCUUGUUGAAUUUGACACUGAAAAUAAAAGUAGAUCGUAUUCCCAAGUGUUUUAGCAUGUAGCUUAUAAUUUAAACAGUGGAUGCAUCAUUCUUAGAAUGCAUUCCAAGAUUCUUUGUUUUCUUUUAUUUUAUAAUUUUUUAUAUAAAGUGAGUGUUGUGUUGUUUCUCAUAAUUUAUGCCUUUAAAGUAUUAAUCUUCGUCUCAUUACGUAUUGCGCAGACGUGAUUCGUCCUUUCUUUGAAAUUCCCUCUCCUGCUGUCUGACGUCUAUGCACUUGGCUCAAGUGCUUCGUGCGCGUCUCGCAUUCCAUACUUGUACAUUCUUUUGCGUGCAGAUCUCAUCGUCCUGGCUGUUGAUUUAUUGUAUGUACAAGUGUUUGCGAUUUUGAAACCAAGUGUUUUCCCGGACUUAACAAGGAAAACUAAUAUCGAGUUAUUUUUUCACGUGAAUUUGGACUGUCAAGAUGUUCAGAGAGGGACAUUACCUGGAAGUGAUUAAGGCAUCAGAAUAUUGUGCAGCUACUGCUAUUGUCACGAUUCAGGAAAAAACUGUGGAGAUAAAGAAGAAAUUAGUUUCUACCAACAAGUGGCUUGACCUAGAAGAUUGGGCAGCCUUGUAUGAGAUCCUGGAGAAAGCUCUCAUUCGUAACAGUGAAGUUGGAUGCUCUGAACAAAAGUUUGAGCCUAUUGAAAAGAAAAAAACCACACGACAUUUGGAUGUCACGUAUACCUUUGAGCCAUCAGAAGAUCCUAAUGAUAGAACCUCACUGCCUACAAUCAGAGUUAAAGUAUCCGCUGCACAAAAGAAAAUUGAAACAAAGACAAUGGAAGUAACAAUUAGCACAAAAAAUUGUUCUGAACACAAAGAAGGAUUACCAAGCAGAACAAAUGAUUAUUUGACUAAUAUUAAUAGUUCAAGAACUUCUAUGGAUAGUAAUGACAGAACAAGUGAACAACAAAGUCAGACACUAAAAUCCAUGGAUCAGCCAUCCACGAUAGAAGAAUAUGUGCCAAAGGCAACUAAGGAACAAGCAGAAUAUAAGGAGUAUAUUCCAAAGGCAAGCAAGGAGCAAACAGGCUAUAAGGAAUACGUACCCAGCAGAAAAAGUUCACUGCAAAAAAUGCAAAGACAAACUGAUGCAAAUGAAUACACCCCAACUGUCCUCCAUGAUAAAGUCAUCCCAGAUAUCCAUUAUGUGCCAAAUUCUAUUCCAGCAGCUGAAGGUGCCUGUGCAUAUGAAACAUAUGAACCAAGCAGUACAUGCAUUGCACCAACUAACUUCUCUGAAGAGUAUGUGCCUAAUUCGAUGGGAGCCAGUAAGAAAGUCGAAGAAUAUCAGCCAGACUUUACAAGCAAACUUAUGAAGUUUGACAAUAGCUAUGUCCCAUCGAGUUCGCGAGUGAUAAGAGAACUUAAGAGAAGCAGUAGAAAGUUAUCGAAAUCAAAAAAAGCGCGUAGGAAUCGUGAUGAACGUCCUAAAGAUUCUGUAUCAAGCAGAAAAAGUUGCACUCUGGUGGCAAGUGGUGCAAAGCGCGAAAUGUGAUGGAAAAGAAGAGAAUGGCUGAAAAGAUAUGGAAGUUUAAACUUCAGCUGCGAGCCACUUCUAGGUCAUCCUUAAUACACUUCUGCUUGAAGAGUGGCUGUGGUGCGUUGUCGAAGAAUUUAUGAAAUGGAAAUUCAUCCGAGAUAAGUGAUUCACUGGGUGGAUUUUUUCCAGCAAGACGUUGUUUUAUUCUGGCUUCAAAUCUGUCCCAACGUGUCAUAACCUGAUACAUGAAAAAGUGUCCAGCCGUUUCGCAAGUAUAAGCUACGUCACCCUUGACGUUUAAUGACUCCUGCCGAAUAAUUUUUAUAAUUAUUAAUUAUACAGUUCAUGAACUCUCCUAUUUUGUAUAUCUAUGUAUACUAUUUUUUUUUCUCUACUAGACAACAUUACAUCUGACAAGAUACUGAGAUAAAUGUGCAAACCAUCAUAUUAGAUAAUACAUCUGGCACUGUAGUGACGUAAUCGAAUGAGAAAGAGACAAGCAGCAUCCCAUACAAAAUGUUUUGCUUCUCGUGUCCCGACAAAACAAAAUAAAAUUCACGUAACAUAA